CAGGUCAUCAGUUGUAUAUGGAAGCAUUCUGGUGCUCCUUUGGUGUACCUAGCCUGUGAUCUUCUAGGGCAGGAAGAGAUACUCGUAAAUGUCUCCAGAACAUUUGGUACAAAGAUUUUUAUUGAUAAAGAAAAUAAUCCAGUAUGUUUCCAGGCUCUGAAGCUCGUUGUUCCCGAAAUUCUUUCGCAAGAUCCAUCUUGUCGCUUCCAUGUGCUUGAUGGAUUUCCUAAAUUGUACGAAAGAGCAGAAGCUAAGUUUGCUGAUGCCCGAGCUAGUUGUCAGCCUGAGCCUCUUAUAGUACACCCUUCGGCACAGUGGUAUGUAUGUGAGGAAAGGUUUUCAGAAUUUGAGAAACAAAUGAAGGAGAGAUGCAAUGAAGCAGUGAGGGAUAAAUUUGGUGUUUGGCAUGUCUGUUACUCAAUGCACUCAUGUAGGGAAGAAUUAGAGUGGGCACUUCAACUUCUUGCACCCAAACGGGUAAUUUCAACGACACCUGGUUGCUGGGCUAUGGAGCUUAAUUAUGUUAGAAAGCAUUGUUCUUACACUCAACUAGCUUCUGAUGACCCUAUCUGGAAGAUUCUUAAUAUAAAUAUGGAGGCUUGUUUACCCACUGAUGCAUUAAUCAAACUUUCAAAUUGUUCGUCCAUGGUUGAAAAGACAGUCAAAUCUUGUGCCGAGUCACAAUCGCAACUGAUGAAGAUAUCUACUAGUCAGAGAGCACUUUUGAACGUGUCUCUCCCCAGCAAAAAAUCACCUGUUACAUUAUUUGGAAGAGCAAGGCUUGGUCUUCAAGAAUCUACUUUGUUUCAUGAAGACAAGGAAAUGGUACCCCUACAUGAUGACUCUCUACGUAGUGUUUCUGAAAAUAUAGAAUCAGAUAUCUUGUUCCAAAAUGGUGUUGAAGCAGAAUGCGAAAAAUCAGAGGAGAUCAAGAAAGGGUUGGAAGUUAUUGACACAAAAUGUGAUGUGGCAGAAGAGCUGAAACCAGGAACUUGCAAACGUUGUUCUUAUUCACCCAUCGGAUCAUCUAGCUUUAAUGAAAGCUUGAGAAAAUUGUAUAGAUCUAUGAAUGUGCCUGUGCCUGAGCCUCUUCCCUCCUUGGUGGAGCUCAUGAAAGCCAAACAACGUAGCAAGAGAAAAUUUUAG